UCAGAGCUAUGCCACAGGGACAGGGAGAAUGGGGGAGAUGUGAAAAUGAGCAUUUAAAAGAACGAGUGAAAGAAACGAGAACAGGAAGACAGAAAAAAACCUGUCUAGGAAACGAGAAUACAGAGGCAGAAGUGCAAGCGGUUAGUGUUAUGUUAUGUGAUGUUAGAGAGCAAUGGAGGUUUGCAGGCAAGAAUGACAGCAGGCUUCAUCAAUAGACAGCAAAUAUACUUGUGACAGGGACAAGGAAGUGAUUCAAGUUGAGGAGAAGAAAUUGUUUGGUAAAAAGCAAGCAAACCUUUGGAUAUUGACUACAGCUGGAAUAUGGGUGAGUCCAGCAUCUGCCAGGUGAGGGCAACAGUCAUGCUGUAUGAUGACACCCACAGGCGCUGGGUGCCAGCGGGAUCUGAAAGUCCUUGCAUCAGCCGUGUCCAUAUCUAUCACAGCCCUGUGGCCAAUACCUUCAGAGUGGUGGGCCGCAAACUGCAAGCUGACCAGCAGGUGGUGAUCAAUUGUGCUGUUAUUAAAGGGAUGAAGUAUAAUCAAGCCACACCAAACUUCCACCAGUGGCGAGAUCCCAAACAGGUGUGGGGACUGAACUUUGGCAGUACAGAGGAUGCUGCUCUUUUUGCCAAUUCCAUGACAUCUGCAUUAGAGGCUCUCAAUGCACCUGUGGGAGCAGGCCAAGUUCAGAAUAGACACUCUGCACAGGAGCUGGAACACCAGAGAAGAGUAGAGCAUCAGAGGCAGGAGCAGCAGGAGAAGGAACGUGUGGAGCGAGAGAGGCAGGCCUCCGCUGCUGCAUCUGCCCCUUCUGCUCCUCCUGCACCACCUGCCCCAGCACCCCCACCACCUCCUGGCCCACCACCUUCCUCUGGACUAUGCCCACCUGCAGCUCCACCACCUCCUCCUGGCUGCAUGGUCCCACCUCCAACAAACCCGCCCCCUGCUGGAGGAAAUGCAGGUGGCGGGGCAAACAAUCUGGCUGCAGCUCUGGCCGGAGCUAAACUGCGUAAAAUGGCCAAGGAUGAGGUAGGAGCAGAAGCCCCUGCUCCCAAACCAACAUCUUCAUCUGGUGGAGGUGGAGGAGGUGAUCUAAUGGGGGAAAUGAGUGCCAUCCUUGCUAGGAGGAGGAAAGCUGCUGAUAAUCCAGCUGCAAAGAAGGAAGAAGCACGCAAUGAGGAUUCUGAUUCAUCAGUAACAAAAUCCUCAGGACCAGGAGAAAUAAAAAAGGAAAAAUUUGCUACCAUGCCAAGGCUCAAAUCCUUAACCAGCAAUCCAAGGGACUCCAGCCUAUGUCCCACCUCGUCCACUUCUCCUUCUUUUAACUCUACCGUGUCCAGGAUGAAGCUGGUGAAAAAGAACUCAGAUUGUGCGGGAGGUGAUACCGAUAUGGAACGAAUCAAACAGGAAAUUCUUGAAGAAGUAAAAAAUGAACUUCACAGAGUGAAGGAGGAGAUUAUCACAGCACUGAUCCAGGAACUACAAAAUGCACAGCUCAAGAGUGAAGACUACUGAACGACUGAAGAAUGGAUAAAGAGAACAAGAUGGGAAUGUUUUAUCAUGCACCACUCAGGCAACUUCAUAUUUUUACCUGAUAGAAGUGAUGUUACUUUUACAAAUUCAAACUACAUGUACACAAUCUCAGAGUACCAGAAUCCAAUAAUGAUAUAGGUCUUUCUGCAAAUAUUGCUUUUUCUACAUGAACACAUAACAUUGACAACAUUUGACAUUUUUGAUGAGAAUGCUUCCAAUUUUUUUCAAAUAUGUUUUGCUCUAGUACAGUAAUUGUAGCAGCUAGCCUUAAAACCUAUUACUAAAUUUGCUGUUGUCAACUGAUUUGACUUUUACUCAGUUAUUUUCAGUUUCAGUGGAACAUUCUACUUUCUCCCUACUGUCCUGUCCUACAGUCCCUUGGGGUUCAUUCAGGAUCCAGCAAUAAAUAUUACAGUGUGAAAUACAAA